GCCCCGCCCGGAGGACGUCCUCCCUGCCCGCCUGGCUGGCAGCCUGCCUGCUUUUAGUACCUGAGCAGAUCCAGAUCUCUGCUGUCCGAGCUGAGGCGAAAGUCCAGUCCCUUGAGCGUGGAGAGCGGUGGUGGCCAGAGGCUUGGCGAGCUCCCCUUCAGGUGUGCGUCCGCGAGCGGCCUAUGCUGUUUGGCACUCAUGGGUGUAAGCAAGUUAGAUAUUCUAUACCGGAGACUUCUCCUCACAAAACUUUUCAUCAGAGGAUGGGGAAGGCCGGAGGACCUCAAGAGACUCUUUGAAUUCAGAAAGAUGAUUGGAAAUCGAGAAAGGUGCCAGAACCUGGUUUCAAGUGACUACCCGGUACACAUCGAUAAGGUUGAAGAACAGUCAGAUUGUAAGAUCCUAGAUGGACACUUUGUUUCUCCCAUGGCCCACUANGUGCCUGGUAUCAUGCCAAUUGAAUCUGUUGUUGCAAGGUUCCAGUUUAUCGUGCCUAAGGAAUGGAACAGCAGGUACCGACCUGUGUGCAUUCAUCUGGCUGGAACAGGAGACCAUCAUUACUGGAGGCGCAGAACACUCAUGGCUCGUCCUAUGAUUAAGGAGGCCAGGAUGGCUUCAUUGUUGUUAGAAAACCCUUAUUAUAUCCUUUUGGGCUUCACUGUGGAGCCCAGCCUGGCGGGAACCCUGCUCCUGCUUCAGCAGUCCAAUGAAAUCUUGUCAAAAUGUACACAAAUGCACAAAUCGUUUUCUAUUUUGUUUUGCGAGGCUAGAAGAUCCAGCUUAAAAAAUGUGUCAGACCUAUUUGUGAUGGGNGGCGCUCUUAUUCUUGAGUCAGCAGCUCUCUUGCACUGGCUGGAGAGGGAAGGUUAUGGACCUCUUGGGAUGACUGGAAUAUCCAUGGGAGGACAUAUGGCCUCCUUAGCCGUGUCCAACUGGCCCAAGCCCAUGCCGUUGAUUCCAUGCCUGUCUUGGUCCACAGCAUCUGGGGUCUUCACUACGGGUGUAUUGAGUAAAUCAAUUAAUUGGCGGGAGCUCGAAAAGCAGUAUUAUACACAGACAGUUUAUGAAGAAGAAAUUAUUCAUAUGCUUGAAUACUGUGGGACAGAUUCUUUCAAAAUGGGACACGAGUUCAUGAAUCACUUGCCUAGCAAUGCAGACAAGCUGACUAACCUGAAUCUGGUUUCCAGAACUUUAAAUUUAGAUAUGACAGACCAAGUUGUAUCCCCAAAGGAUGCCGAGUGCCAUAAGUCUGGUAAAACAUCUAUCAAUGCUCCUUCAAAUGGACAGCUGUUGCAAGAUACAGCUAAGAUGGAAUGCUUGAAUCAAACACUCUCGACUAACAAAAGUUGGUUUGCAAGUUACAACCCUCAGUCAUUUCACCUGCUCAGUAGAGAACAAAGAAGAAGCAAUCUUCAAAAAGAAUCUUUAAUAUUCAUGAAAGGAGUCAUGGAUGAAUGCACUCAUGUAGCAAACUUCUCAGUUCCAGUUGAUCCAAGCCUCAUUAUAGUGGUACAAGCCAAAGAGGAUGCCUAUAUUCCACGAACAGGAGUUCGAAGCUUGCAAGAAAUUUGGCCUGGUUGUGAAAUCCGGUAUCUAGAAGGAGGUCAUAUCAGUGCUUAUCUCUUUAAACAAGGACUCUUCAGACAAGCCAUCUACGAUGCCUUUGAACGUUUCCUUCAUAAAUAUGCUAACUAAUUGGAUUGAUGUAUAACAUCCUAUUUCCUACAAAAAGAGUUCACCCAAUGAUGAUGUGAAAACAGCAAACAGCACUACAUACUUGAUUGUUGCCAAAUUAGUCUGUGUUGCAAGUGUUACGGGUCAGUUACCAACUGUAGAUACAUUUCAGUAAUGAAAAAACAGUACUUGAAAAAUACAAUCCUGAAGUAUUUGUAACUCUUUAAAAAAAUCUCAUAUACCUUAUACAACAUCUGUUGUUACUAUUUAUGAAAACAUUUUAAUUGUGAAUAAUUUAUUGAUUCAGAAUAAAUAGAAACUAUUGGUUUUUUAAUAGAAUUGUUGAAACUAAAAUUGUAACAUCACAUGUACUGUAUAUUGUUCUAUGGCAGUUUUUCUAUUAAUUUGAUUUUAAAAACUCGUGUCUAUCCUUUUUGUGUGUGUAGUGGGUUUAUAAUUUGGUUUUCAACUUUAGGUGAUUUAUUGCCAUAGAAAUACCUAAGAUAUAAAAUCAGUGUUAGCUUUGAAUUAUGAAAACAUCCUGAGUGCUGAGCUGCACCCUCUGUGGUAGUGCACUUGGGAAGUGGAGACAGGAGGGUCAGGAGUCUAGUCAUUCUGCUUUUCAUAGCAAAAUUUGAGGCCAGCCUGAGUUGUAUGAGACCCUAUCUCAAACAAUUGCCUGGCAUGGUAGCUCAUGACUUAAUCUUAGCAGGUAGGAGACAGAGGCAAGAAGAGAGGCACUUCUCUUGAAGUGCCAAGGCUGGGACCAUGCUUGCCCAGCCUACCUAGACUCUGAGGCCAGUCCCCAGCACUGCCAAAUGAAAAGAAAAGCUGGAGGUAUUUGGGAAAUGGGGGUUAGACAUGUUUUCUCUACUUAAGAGAGUUUUAUGUCAAAAAUGGAAAUAAUAAAAGAACAUUGUACUA